CCCCUUUUUGACCGCACUUGCACAUUUUUCAGUGACACUUCUGAACAUCCACACACCUCCAUGGACUAAAUUGUACAGAAGACCCCAAAAUCAGCCAUUAUACUACAUGUGAGCGGGCUAUGUAUUCAUCAGACAGAUAAUUUAACUUUCAAUCAAACAGAAUUUACCGAGACACAGUGGAACGCACUUUUUUUUUUUGACAAUUUAUUGCCAAAAGCUCCCGCUGCCAAAAAAAACCAACAAGAACAACAACAACUUCGGGUCGAUCGUAUUGGAAUAGAUGCAUGUCACUGGUUCCCUGCCUGUUGUAGGAUAAGGCAAGGAGCGGCACACAUCCGACAGAAAGGAUAUAACGGGAUAAAGCGAGUAUAAAGAGACGAAAACAAAGGGAAAAGUUGCACUGGGUAGUGUCCACGCAUCGUCAUGCCGAGGUACAACUUCUUACUGUGCUUGAUGGUGCUCAUCUCUCUGGGACAGUCGGGGAGCGAUGAGCCCAAUCUGCUGCUGCCUCCUGCCAGCGAGACGCCCACGGAUGCCGGGCUGUCCCUGCUGGAUGAGGACGCCGGUGCCCACGAGUGUUCCGCUUGUGUUUGGAGGGAGCAAAGCAAAGUGCUGAGACUGGAAACCAUCAAGUCUCAAAUCCUGAGCAAGCUGCGUCUGAAGCAGGCGCCCAACAUCAGCCGGGAGGUGGUCAAUCAGCUGCUCCCCAAAGCGCCUCCGCUCCAGCAGCUCCUGGACCACCACGACUUCCAGGGAGACGCGUCGUCCCAGGAUGAGUUUAUGGAAGAGGAUGAAUACCACGCCACCACAGAGUCCGUGAUCACCAUGGCCUCUGAGCCUGAGCCUCUGGUGCAGGUGAAUGGGAAGCCAAGCUGUUGUUUCUUCAAGUUUAGCCCUAAACUGAUGUUCACCAAGGUGCUGAAGGCCCAGUUGUGGGUGUACCUGCGACCGCUUCAGCAGACGUCCACAGUCUACCUGCAGAUCCUCCGACUCAAGCCUGUGACAGAGCAGGGCAGCCGCCACAUCCGCAUCCGCUCUCUGAAGAUUGAGCUCAACUCCAGGGUCGGCCACUGGCAAAGUAUUGACUUUAAGCACGUGUUGCAGAACUGGUUCAAACAGCCACACACCAACUGGGGAAUCGACAUCAACGCCUUUGACGAGAGCGGCAAUGACCUGGCAGUUACCUCGCUUCGACCCGGGGAGGAGGGACUGCAGCCGUUCCUGGAGGUGAAGGUUCUGGAGACGACCAAACGCUCUCGGAGAAACCUGGGCCUGGACUGUGACGAGCAUUCCACGGAGUCUCGCUGCUGUCGCUACCCUCUAACUGUGGAUUUUGAGGCGUUCGGCUGGGACUGGAUCAUUGCCCCCAAACGCUACAAAGCCAACUACUGCUCUGGCCAGUGCGAGUAUAUGUUUAUGCAGAAAUACCCACACACCCACCUGGUGCAGCACGCCAACCCCAGAGGCUCUGCCGGGCCCUGCUGUACCCCGACCAAGAUGUCCCCCAUUAACAUGCUCUACUUCAAUGACAAGCAACAGAUCAUCCACGGAAAGAUCCCGGGGAUGGUGGUGGAUCGAUGUGGCUGCUCUUAGGCAACAGGGGAGAUGCACACUUGUGUACAGCCACCAUUGCAUCAUACCACCCAAAACCCUUAUGGAGCUCUCCCCUGGCACCAGAACCCACAGCUCGGCACCAGAUUCCACUUUUUGCUCGGCCACAAAAACAUUCCACUGGGUUUCCAUUUUUUUCCAGUAAUUAAAUUGAUUCAAAAUGUAAAAGUUAUAAAUGAAAUAUGAAUCAAAAAAAGGACUGAGUGAUGGAAAAACAGUACAUUAUGAAUGAGUUUAAGAGGCUGUACUUGUGGAGCAGCCUCAUAAAACAGUAAAUGAGACAAAACUAUGUUAUUGUGUUAGUUUUGUGGGUUUUUAAAGAUUUUUUUUUUUUUAUCUUUGUGAAAUGUCCAUGUUAGUAGUGGAUUGAGAUGACAGGAGACAUACGUGAGCAUUUACAAUAUUUUUAAUGCAAUUUCAGUCUUAAUGGAGUUUAAGGGUCUUGACGAAACACUAUUUCACUGAUACACUUAACGGCUGAAAUUUAAUCCACAAAAUUGUUUGCAAGGGGGCAUGUUCAGUUCUUCUGCAGUCCAUCGCAUUAACAAAAACUCCCACAAGUAAAUUCAUGCUAAUGUGAGGAGGGUUUACCAUUAGAAAUACAAAAAUGUUGUUUACAGAUGUUAGAGAUGUGCUAUAGAGAUGUAAAGUGUUAAGGAGAUCCAAAACCAAACCUGUACCCUCUAUUAAUGUAUAACACCCCAGUGUGACAUUCUCGAGUAUCUACGAAAACCUUUCACAGUUACUUUGAUCUUGUUUUAUUUGUAGCCUUGUAAAACUCAAAAAAGAAAAGGAAGAGGUAUUUUAUCCUCCGUCUUUCAAAGUGUAUUAAAAAGCCAGUAUUGUGCCAUUCUGAAAAUGCACAGACUUAGUUUGGACUUGCACACUAAAGUUUAAAACAGAACUGUAACGUCGAUGCAGUUGGAAGGAGGAGGGUAUGUUUGUCAGGAUGCACAGGAACCCUCUGGUCACAUUUUUUAUUAUCUUUCUUAUUUAACAAAGAAAACACAUCCAUCAUUUGGACAGCAGAGAAGUAAAUGCACUGUUUCAUAACUUGAAGAGGCCUGGGACUGAGCAUGUAAUAACAAACACAUCAAAACCCACACACUAAUAUAUCAAUCACACAAGAAAGUACUAGUAUACUCAACCUGCUGUAAAAAAAAAAAAAUUAAAAUCACAUUUGAGUGAAUUACACAGCUGAGAAUAGUUCAAAACAUGAUUUUUGUUGUUAUCUGUAGAAGUCCACAUGCUCAUAUUUACAGCAGUGUACACAUCUGUUAAAAUUACACUGAAAUUAAGAAAAAGUAGUGGCUAAAAUCCAAUUUUAAGUGCAAAAUACUUUAAUGGCAGUUCUGUUUUCAGAUAUAAUAGUUUUUUAGACCGCAUCAAAACAUGCAAAAAAUAAAAAAUCGCAAAAAAAAUCUAAAGAAUGCAACUCAACCACUGACCUUAGUUUAGAGAACAUAUUCGAUUGCAUUUUAAAAUGCCCCCAUUCACUUCAACCUCAACUGUGUUAUCAUUAUCAUAACGGGAAAAAAUAUUGUUAGUGCUUGAACACAGAAUAGAUUAGUAAGCUAAACGUCUGUCUUUGUCUCCUGGAUGUCAAAGCAAAGAUAUCCUUUUGUUGUAAACGAAAGCACUAUGCUGUUGGAUAAAGGAAGAGCCUUCUGACAUUAUAUAUAAAUGAUAUAUGUAUAUAUUAAAAAGGGGUACAAAAACCUUUUUUGGGGCACUCUACCUUUCCAACAAUAAAUUUUGCACUAUGGGACGUUCAUGGCGUGAGGAGGUAAAGUGUUGUUUGUGUUUUACCAAGCACAAGAGAGCUUGUACAGUAUAGGAUAAAAAAAAAAAAAAAACUAUUCAAGCUUCUGGUGAUAAACCGUAUGUAUGAACUAGAAAGGUUAUCACUUCUUUUUGAUACCAUCACGCUUUCCUGACUUUUGUCUGAAGCGGGGGCCUGUCCAUACACUCACACACUUUUAUCCAAUCUGGAACCUGGACGUACUGUACCAGCGGCCUGAAAGGCCUCCUUGCCCACUUUGGGUGAUAAGUCAUGUGUGUAAUAAGUGUCUGGAUCAAUGAACAUAGAAUGCUUUAACUGGAAAUGGCCCGCCCACCAACUUUAAUCUGUUACCAUGUUAGAGAGACUACGUCCUUUUGACUUAAACAAUGUGUUGACUGUCUUGCAUAGACAUGUUUUUGCCUUUGUGUGUAUUUUAAGUGAAAGCACCCAUGUAAGAAUGGGAGGAGUAUCCAGGGAUUGCUAGCCAAAGUAGAGGAUGACAUGUUGUGUGCUGUAACUUUUGUGAUUGCAGGAAUAUGCUAGAACAUUUCAAAGGGAGGAAAGCUGGUAGGGGCAGUGGUUGGAAAUAAUUAAACUGGUCAAUUGUCUAUUUAUUAAUAAUUACAAUGCAUUUCAAAGUCUGUCUACCUCACUUUAGCCUUCUAAAAACCUUGCUUUGUUUUAAAUUUGUCAUCGAUUAAUCUGCGCAAACAUUAAACUCAUAAGAAGCCCCUUCCCCCCCAAAAAAUGUAGAUGAAAACCACAGGGUUCCCUUGCUCUCAGGUUCAGAUUGAGUUAUUGACAGAGUGACUGAUGGUAGCGGCUCUGGUAAUAUGUGUGGUCAAAGGAAAUAAUAAUGAUAAUUAGCUGUGCCCACAACUAUGGCUUAACUAUGGUUAAAGCUGUAAGAAGUUGCAUUUUGAAUUUUCGUGUUUGUAUACUGGUAUGUGUGAGAGUGUUUUCAUAUAAAUAUAUGAGAGUAAGAAAUCUCUAUGUAAAUACCUACCCAAAUGUUGACAUUUAUGAUGUUUUGGACAGGUUCACCGCUUCUAAUGUUUUUCUCACUUUCCCCCUUCAUUCCUCCGUUCUUUGUGUAGUUAAAAAUCACCCCAACUUUGUAGUUUAAUGGUUGUGCAUAUGAAUAACUGUUCAAUUGUUAUGUUUGCCUUUUUUGUUUAUUUACUGUCAUUUUUCUUUUGUACAAUAAAUCAUUUAUUUAGCUUA